AUGGUGGUGGAAAAGCCAGCCAAAAAGCUUAAGGUGGACUUGAGAGGCUUAGCCGCUGAGUGGGAUAGCUCGGAGUUAGUCAGGAACUACUUGCGGGAAAAUCCAAACGAAGGUUUGUUCCAUGAAGGCAUUGACACCCGUGUCAAACAUGCAUCCUAUGGGUACAUCAAUUGGAUCUUGCAAGCCAUCCUGCUACGUAGCUGUGGUCUUCAGGGACAGCCGCAGCCACGUGUCCGGGGUUUGCGGGAGCAACUUAGUUUGCUGUACAAGAAGAAUCACAGGGUCCCCAAGGAGAAAGAGGUCUUUGAGGAUGGGUGGCACAUUCGAAAAUUCUUAGUCUUGAUCAAGAACAAAACCAAGAAGAAGUUGGUUUCCAUAGAGUUAUGUGAAGAGAUCAACCGUGCCCAAGCAGAGAAAACUGCUGGGCGCACAGAGGACAAAAUGGAUGAUGAUGAUGACGCCUACGAUCAAUCAGACGAUGGCAGUGACAAUGAAUCCUCUUCGGAUGAUUCUGAUACUGAUUCAGAUCAAGAGAUUCCAAGUGAAAUCGUUGGACAAGACAUUCCACCGAUUGCCAACCAAGCUGGAGGUGUUACCGCCAAUGGGUUGCCCAUUGCGCCCAACUCAAGCCCAGGUUCCCUCCCGGUCUCAACGGUGCCGGCUGUCGGUCCUGCGCAUCCCUCCACGGAAGAUCCAGGUCGUCAGGAUGCUCCAUCUGAUGCAACUCAAGCUAUGCCUUUGGAUCUUUCUGCAGCCCGGGAAAAACUGGCUCAGCUGAGAGAACGCAAGCUGGGCAUCAGCAACGAGAUCCGGCGUUUGAAGUCCGAGAAUGGGCCUGCUCCCGAAGGUCGCCCUUCUGGCAUCAAGAUCACGGCAGCUGCGGCUGACAAUGUUGAUACCAUGCCAAUGGAUCUUAGGGAUGUACCAAUUCCAGAUUCCCUGGUGCCCACUUCAUCCCCGGAAGUUGCCUCCGAGAAACGCCGAGAACAGUACCAGCGUACAUCUCGAGCUCCUCCCACGGUGGAUCAGUCAUCCAAUGCUACUACACAGGUGGCCGUUCCGAAGAAGGACAACUCAAAGGAAUCUUUGGCAGCCAGCGUGCCAAUUUCGGGAGAUCAUGGUAGGGAGGACUUGGAAAGUUAUCCGAAGUCAAAACCAGCAGUUUUGACCCGGGAUGACCAACUUCGCUUUAAAGCCACAAACAAAGAGGAUCGGAAACAGAAGGCAAAGGCAAGAAAGGGAAAGAAAGGAAAGAAUGGAAAGAAGAAAAACAAAGGAAAGGGCAACAAAGCUCUGACCGGAACCAAAGCACCUAUCAGUCGCAAAAGGCGGAUGAUGAAAAAACAAACGAGCCAAGAUGAGAAAACACUUGAUGUUGCAGAGCCCGAAAUGACCGAAAAGCCUCAGAAGAAACCUCGAAAGGUUCCCACUGGCAGCUCAACUGAUGUCCCAAAAAGUCGUAGCAAACGAAAGGCAGAAGCAGUUGAACCAGUUAAUGUUGAUGAGAAGCCGCCCCGAAAGCGCAAGACAUGUACUGCUGAGCCGGAGGGCAAAGUUUCAGAAGCCAAGCCAAAAGCAAAGGCAAAGGCGAAGGCCAAAGCAGCCUCCAAAACAGGGGCAGCCCCCAAAAAAGGUGCAGCACCAAAGGCCAAAGCUUCAGCAGUCAAGCCUAAGGCAAAGGCAAAGGGCAGGCCCAAGAAGGAUCGCAAGGAUGACUUCAUGAAGCGCGGCUAUGAGUCUGAGAAGUUCAAUCCCGGUCAGGUUAAGAUGUGUGAAAAGUUUGCCAAAUCUUUUGACCCUGAAAUGGAAGUCAAAUCCAACGCUUUCAAACAGGAGGCUCGUGGACGCCUCCCCUCCUUUUCAACUUACAGGUUGAACAUCUACUGGACUAGGGCCAGUGUCGGAGUAACCCAUGUGAAGAACAACAAAGACGUGGUCAACUUCUCUUUCAACACAUCUUCGGCUUGCAGUGUCCAUAAGAUUGCAGUGGCUUUGCGAUGUGCGAUUCACGCUGUAGCUUAG